GGAGGAGAGAGCAGCUACUGGUUGCUAUCGCCAUGAAAGUCGGGGCAAAGCUCAGAGCUCACUGAGAGUAGUGCGAGGACUGCACUGGGGAAUAUCUGCCCAGGGAAUACAAUAGGUUUUCAGCUCAUUAAGUUGGAUAAACAAAUGGCUUUCUGUAGGAGAUGCUGAGAGUCAUGGACGUCAGCAGGAAAACAUUGGAAAGCAGAUCAAUAACUCCAGAGGGACGGUGGAGGAGCAUUAAUGGGAUGCCAUGAAAUUGAGCAGAAGACGCCAACAGCCUGCUUGAGUGCAACCCUCGUCUGGCACUUAACUAAUGUGGAGGACCAGUAGUGUGUCAGAGACAGUGAGGAAGAUGGGCAACGCCAUGCGAGGUGUCGUCGCCUUCAUUCCUGCAGAGCGCUGUCAGCGCUUCUUAGUGGGGGACCUGAAGGAGAUGCCUCUUGAUCGGACCCUGGACCUGAGCAGUCGGCAGCUGCGUCGGCUACCUGUUGCCGCCUGUGUCUUUGAUGAGCUGGUGAAGCUCUACCUGAGCGGCAACAACCUCAGCACUUUACCCGUUGAGCUGCAGGGCCUCAGGAAGCUGCAGCUGCUGGCCCUCGACUUUAACUGUUUUGAGGAGCUCCCCGCAGCUGUUUGCAGAUUGCCCCAGCUCAGCAUCCUUUACCUGGGUAACAACAGGCUUUACCACCUCCCCAGAGAACUGAGAGAGCUCAAGGAACUUAGUACCCUGUGGCUGGAGACUAAUUGCUUCACUGUUUUCCCUAAGGUGGUUUGUGAGCUUUCUAAUCUCAAGACGCUGCACCUCGGUUAUAACCAGAUACGGAGUUUACCGAAAGAACUUAAACGGCUGGAAGAGCUAAGAAGUAUCUGGCUUGCUGGGAACCAGCUGGCAGAGUUCCCACCAGUGUUGCUGGAAAUGCACUUUCUAGCUGUCAUUGAUGUGGAUCGGAACAGGAUACGCCGCUUCCCAGGCUUGUCUCACAUGCAGGGGCUGAAACUUGUCAUUUACGACCACAACCCCUGCGUUAAUGCCCCAGCGGUAGGCGAGGGAGUCAGGAGGGUCGGACGCUGGGCAGACAGCUCAGACGACGAGCAGGAGGACGAUGGGUCGAAGGCAGCCAGUGAGACCACAGCCGAGGUCACAGAGGUGCAACCUGAGGAGGAGCACAACAUUUAGGGUCAAGGAACAAAGUGACCCUCAGCCGUGGCCAGGAUGGCGUUCAAGUGGAGCACUUACAACGGAGGGGUGUGAUGUACGUCAGGCUGACAGUCUGUGGUCCAUAUAUGGUAAACCAGUCAUACAAACUUUAAUGUAAGACGCUUAUCCAAAAGCGUGGCCUCUGAGAAAAGGGAAUUUGACUCUUGAAUAAAAAAUGUUCAGUAUGUUCUGUUACUGAUAUGCAUGAAAUAUCAGUGUAUUGUUUGAAUUUGUAAAACUCUGUAUAUGCCUUUAAAUAAUUAGUUGCAGUGACAUUGUAAAUUGCUAUUAAUUUUCACUAACAUCAGAUUUUCAGUCAAGUCAAAAAGUUUUGAGCAUUUUUAUCUCAUGGUAAAAGACAUCUAUCUUGGAAAGUGUACAGAAUUUUACAGGUAGUAAACAGUAAACAGUACUUACACUAAUGACAGAAUGACAUUCAUACUGUUCUAUUAACUUGACUAUGCAGUUAGUUGUUGCUGAGGCUACUCUGUGGGUCACCUAUGAAUUUGCUCAGUUCAAGGUAACCCUGAAGAUCAAUGACAGGCACAGGCGUGAGACUGCACCGUAUAAACUCAAAGGUUAUGUUGGAGUACUUACUUAAAUACCACAGAGGCCAAGAAAAAGAAGUCUGAGAUAAUAUCUGUACCUGCUGAGGCUAAAUACCGGAGGUUUUUAAUACAAGUGAUGGAUGGUUUUAGUCAAUUAGUGCACUCCUUACCGAGACCAAUGCAUAAUUCAUCUGAUAGAUUGAAGCUGUGGCUUUGAAUAAAGGCUUCUAAUGGGCCUUAAUAUCAUCACUAUAAGGUUCUGAUUUGAAACAGAUCAUAAAUGCAGCUUUCCAAUCCCUCAUUGUACCAGGAAAAUCUUCUGUAAACAAGAUCAAAUGUCAUUGUGCAAUGUUCCAUUUUGCACAUUUUGAAUCCUUUUUGACUAAAUUUUAAUAAGAGAGAUAUUAGUAGGCUGCAUACAGCCAUUUUGCCAGAAAUGUGAUUAUUUCUAAUCACAUGUUGUUAUAGUGCCUCGUGUAACCCCCACAUCUGAAAAUUUCCUCACAUCACUUUCAUAUGUUGACUCACAGGAUCACCAACAUGAUGAGUGAGAUAACAGAGGACGUCCUUAAAAUAUCAGAAAAUGUAACUAAAAUCUUCACAAACUUCUCAGAUAUAAGGACAAAUCUUCUGAGAAGAAAAAAAAAAGACUGGUUUAGAUAUUUUUAUGAUUGUGAUUUCUGACAAUGAUAUUUGAUUAUUUUACUUUUAAAAAACAAAUGGCUGUUUAAUAUGUUGUAUUUCAAACGAUGAACAUUUGAAGUAAUAGAUAGAGUAAUGGUAGAUAAGGUUUAGAUAAAUCACUGGAAAAGCACAAUUUAAAUACAAUGGUGUCAGCAAUCACUGCUUAUUUUUAAAAUGCUUUUUAUUUGUAUUUUUGAUUGGUUAGUGUGUUAUUUAUCCAGCAUUCAAUACGUAUUUUCCAAUGGGGGGAAUUGGACAUAUUAACAGAGGUAAAUUUUUCUUUUUUCUGUGUAUUUGACAGAAAAAGAAGUCUCAGGCUCUUGUCUUAAUAUCUCAUAAAAUGCAGACAAAUGAAAUAAACAUUCCUGCAAACCCCACUUUAGAGCUCCACACUAUCAGAUGUUUCUAUAGACUAGACUUGUUGCUGAUGGUAGUUCAAGCGGCUUUAUUCAUUGACAGGGAUGUCAACCAAACUUGUGUUAAGACACAUUAAAGAAAAAGUUUCACACUGCUGUAUGUUAUUUAUUUGUUUAAUUCAGUAUCAAUGCAUCAGUAACACCUACCCAUGUAACUUCAGAGGCAUUUACAAGAAUACUCUAAACGACAGAAUCCAAGAUGACCAAGUGAGAGGUGCUUCAUAUCAAUAUCUUUGGUAAUAAAUCCUACAUCAACACAACUUGCACAAACCCUUUCAUAUACUUGCAUAAACCCUGAACUCCCCUGAAGAGUAGAUUUGAAACAUGGAGGCUGAGAUAUAUCCCAGCAAUUCUUACAUUACUUUGUCAUCAUUAGCUUUACCAACAAGACUCUGUUCCACAAUAAUAGCUUCACUUAUCCUUCUCAUACUGUAUGUUCCCAAAUGUUAAAUACAGACACAUUUAAUUAACAGAAAUAAUAACAAUAUAUUUCUUAAAAGACCCAACUAAAAUAUCUUGGUUCCUUGUCGUGAUGAAAACACAAUAAACACCAUUUUCACAACAUUAAACUGCAGAGUGUAAACUGCACUGUAACAGAUCCUGAAUACAAGGAUCAAAUGGAAUGAAAACCAACUGUGUAAAAGCGUUGAACCCUCAACUUAAUGUGCCACGGCAGUUAAGCCAGCAAUUACACUGAGACAGAAUGUCUCUAUUUGCUGGAUGAAAAAGAAUAAUAAAUGCAACAAAUUUCUCAUACCCCUCAGGCUGGACCAUUUCGCAAUUUUUUUUUCUAGGAAGUUAUUAAAAACAAAGAUGCUUUUUUGGGGCAAAUUUUCCAAAUCCAAUUGCUCUGAGAGAGUCUCUGAGAAAACAUAUCACGAGGGAAUGUUUGUGCGUACCCUCUAAAAGUAUGGGAAUUAAAAAUUUUGUCGAGUAUGGGGCAGUUACAUUAAAAAAGAAUUCACAUCUACUUACGUCUGAACUGGUGAUUAAGUGUCACAGUCGUCUUUUAUGGGAGGACUGUCAUUAUGUGUGGCUCAAAUGUCAGCUGGCCGUGACUGUGAGAAAAUGCUGCCCUA